UUCAAUACUUGUUUAUUAUAAUCUACAUGUAUACCAUCAUCACAAUGGCUCAACUGGCCCAUGAAAACAUAUUGGAUAGACACGGUAAUUUGGAAAUUGACGGCAAUAGAAAAAUGUCAUUACUUGACAGAAGGAAACGUAUGGACAAUUGGGAUUUUGUACGUCGAUGUUGGGAUGAUGUGAAUGUAAGCAUUCUAAACAGCAUGCUACCAGACAAUUGUCUAUAUGUCAAUCAAAAUGAACUUCAAUGUUACAUGUUAAUAUAUUUGGGGCGAACUAAUAUGGAAGCAGAUCAAGAAUGCACAAGUCAUGGUUAUGAGUUAGCUGAUGUAAACAGCGCCCUCAUUCUUGAUGGAAUUGCGGAAUUUGUUAGAUCAGUCAUUGUUGACAGUGGGUCUAGAAGAUACUGGCUGCGCGUGAAUUCAACUUUGCAGAACGUCUCGACGGAGGCAGGUUCAUGCUCUAGUUAUAAGAGUUUUAGUCCUGAUAAUGGAAAAUGUACUUACCUGGACAUUGAAACCAAUAGAUAUAGAGUCAGACAGCGCAGCUGCACAAGCAAAAAUGAAGGAUUAAUAUGUCAAGUAAAGUUUGUGUACUGCUACUUACUUUUUAUAUACAUGUGA